AUGGCCGCCCCUCCAAAGCAACUCACCUUUAAGGAGGUCGACGCCGCGUUCUGCACCCCCGGGUCGUACUUUGAGAUCGAGGAGGUCACAAUUGACGGCCGUCCCCAGCGCGUGUGGAAGAAUGCGCCGCGCACGUUCCGCGACUUUCUCGUCGACCGCAUGACCCACUGGUCCGACCGCGUCAUGGUCAACGAGCCCAACCCGCUCCCGGGCGCACACUACGACGACCGCCGCGACAUCACCUACGGCCAGAUGCUCGCAGAUGGAUACCGCCUGGCCGGGUGGAUGCGCGAGCAAGGUGUCGGGCCGGCCACGCGCGUCGCGAUUGGCGGCACAAACUCGAUCGGAUGGUUGACGAGCUUUACGGCGGUCAACUUGCUCGGCGCGGUGCCCGUGUGCCUCAACUCGACUCUGAGUUUGCAUCGGACGCUGCUGGCCGCGCUGGCCGCUGGCCACUGGCCCAAGGAUCACAAGAUCACAAGAUCACAAGCCACUGCCUUCGGCUGUCGCCGAUCCGCCAUCCCCGCCCACCCACAAGUCCACCGGCUAACUGCUCCCAGUGUCCAGGACGUCCAGAUCCACUGCCUGACGCUCACCAAGCCCCACAUCGUCCUCGUCGACUCGGCCGACGCCGAGGUCCUCGGUCCCGUGGCGGACAAGCUCGCCCAGGCCGGUGUCGGCAAGGUUUACUCUUGGAACCCGGUGUCUCACCUGAACGCCGGGGCCCAGAAGGCUGUCAAGUACCUCGACUUUGCCAACCUGCCCGUUUCGCCCCAGUCUGUGGAGGCUGUGAGGCGCGGCGAUGGCUUCAAUGGCGUCGUCGAGCCCGAGAGCGAUGGGCUGAUUCUCUUCACUUCGGGCACCACGUCGCUGCCCAAGGGUGUCAUGAUCACUCAACGCCAGAACUGCCAGAACAUUAUCACCGGCUCUGCCCCCAUUGCGCGUGUUGCCCUCCGAAUGGGUGCCCCCGUCGCCAUGGCUGUUGCGGCCGCCACCACCCCUCCCGAGGACCAAGUGAGCGGCCUCAUGUCCGUCCCCUUCUUCCAUGUGACCGGCAACAUCAGCUGGAACGCCAUGGUCCGCCAGGGCGCGCGCAUGGUCAUGAUGCGCCGCUGGAGCGUGCCGGACGCGAUCAAGCUGAUUGUGCGGUACAACAUCAAGAACCUCGGCGGCGUGCCCUCCAUCGCCACGGCUAUCCUCCAGUCUGGUAAACUCCCCGAAGACCACCAGUUCGACGGCGUGUCGUAUGGCGGUGCCGCGCCGCCCAAGCGCCUCGUCGCCGACGUCAAGAAGCGCUUCCCAAAUGCGUUCAUUAACCACGGCUGGGGCAUGACGGAGGCUUCGGGCCUGCACAUUGCCAUCAGCGGGCAGGACUAUAUUGACCGCCCCGAGGCCGUCGGCAUCGCCAUCCCCAUUGGCGAGAUGCGCAUCGUGCACCUGGAGACGCGCGAGCCCGUGCCGCCCAACACCCUCGGCGUGCUGCACAUCAAGGGCGGCAACGUGAUGAAGGGCUACAUCAACAACCCGAAGGCCAACGCCGAGGCAUUCACCCCCGACGGAUGGUUUGACACGGGCGACGUGGGCAUCAUGGACGCCGACGGCAUCCUGUACCUGCGCGACCGUGCAAAGGACAUGAUCAUCCGCGGCGGCGAGAACAUUGCCUCUGCCGAAGUGGAGAAUGCCGUCACGCUCGACAGCCGGAUUGCAGAGUGUGCCGCCGUGCCCGUCCCCGACCCCGUGCUGGGCGAGCGCGUGGGCCUCGGCGUGUCCCUCGCGCCCGGUGUGACCGCCACGCCAGAGAGUAUCAUUGCCGAGGCGGAGAAGCGCCUGCGAAAGCCCGCGCGGCCGGUGAUCGUGGUCAUCUUUGACGAGCUGCCACGCAACGCCAACGGCAAGACGCUCAAGAACGACGUCAAGGACGUGGUGGGCAAGGCGUGGGCGGCGCAGGGCGGCAAGCCCGCCGCGGACAGCACCCUCAAGGCCAAGCUGUAG